AUGAAUGAUCAAUCAGAAAAAUUAAUAAAUAAAGUUGGUACAAUAAAUGAAAUUCGUAAAAUUGCAAAUGAAAAUGAUAGUUUUAAAGAAGACCUUACUGAAAGUCUUAAGGCUUCUAUUAGUUUGGUUUGUGAUGUAUUUAGCCAUCAGUUUUUGAAAAGUGAAUCAUUUGAAAUAUAUAAUGUAGCAUCGGAUAUAGAAAUAGAAAAUCCCUCUGCAGCACGUGCUAAAAAUAUUGGUAUCACAGCGAUAAUGAAAAAAAAUAUUAAUAAAGAAGUUAAUGAGGAAAAAAAUGAUUCAACUGAAUCUGAAAGCUCAGACGAUGAAAAGCCUGACGAAAUUGCUGAGGAGUCUGAUGAAAAUAUAGAAGAGCCUGAUACUGUUGCAAAGAAUUCUAUUUAUGAACUUUUUUUAAAAGUCUUUGUUAAUGAUUCAUUGACUUGUACAACAGAAAUUGAAAAGCCAUACUAUUCUGCUAGAAUUUAUCCAGACGUUUGCAUUCACUGUGGAUGCUUAGAUAUUUCUAACUCAGAAAAUGAGUAUCCACAUUGUAAUGAUUAUGAGAGUAACCUUACUAAUUUAAAAAAAUCUUCAAGACAGUCUAAAGAUAUUAAAAACAUACAAAAGCAUAUUAAAACUAAAAACUAG